CUUGCGGCUUGCUCUUUUAAAUGCCUGUUUUAACGUUUUUGUUGCAUAAAUCGGUGAUGGGAUUUUAUAUUUAUUAAUUAUAUAGUAUAUCAGUACAUCGUUUCACAGUAUAUUUGCUUACAACUAUUUUGCAUUAAAUAUUUACAUUUUGUAUUCGUUAUUUUAGUCGCCAUUACUCGGUAGAUGACACACAGACUUAGAAUCGAAGUCUAGUAUCGUAUUAGUAUUAUUUUUUAUGAUUACACAACUAUACUUCUGGAUUAGUCGUUGCAUGGUACUUACACCAUCUUUAAUAUAAUAUAUGUAUAUAUAUCAAGACAAUAUACUGAAGUAUAUAAUUAAUAUCUAGUGUGUUACAAUUAACUACUUACAAUACUAAUCUAAUGGCGGCAAUCAUUAAAAAGGAAGCAAUAAUACUUGCAAUUGAUGUAGGAAAAAAUUCUUUGCAGCCAGAUUCAGAUGGAAAAUCCUUUUUUGAAAAAGCUAAAUUUUGUGCUUCUAUGAUUUUAAAGAGAAAAAUAUUUGCUGAAAGUAAAGAUUAUUUAUCAUUAAUAUUGUUUGGAUCAUCUCGUACAAAUAACCAUCUUUCAUCCUCGGGAUGUUGUUAUCACAAUAUAGAAAUUGUUACUAGCUUAGGUGUAGUUACUUGGGAUUUAAUUAAACAUAUUAACAGUUUAUCUUCAACAGAUAUUACACCUUCAGAUUGGCUUAAUACCCUUGUUCUUGCUGCAGAUAUGUUGAAAAAGGAAAAUGAAGACAAAAUAUUCAAAGACCUUCAGAUUGUUAUGUUUUCAAAUCUUGAAACUGAUAUUUCAUUUGAUAAAAUAGAUAUAAUUGCAAGCUGUAUAAAAAGGCAAAAUAUUAAUUUAACUAUAAUAGGUAAAGAUUUUGAUGAUAUAUCACUCAAUCCUAAGUUAGAAACAUUUGUUUUGAAAUCUGAGGCAACUGCUGUUAAUUUUGGUACAGUUCUACCUAAAUUAAGUCAUUAUAAACAAAAAGAAGUAACACCAAGAGCUUGGAAUAUCCCUUUAAGUUUUGGAAAUGCUUUUAAUAUUAGAGUUUCCGGUUAUAAAAAGAUAGAUGAGACUGCUAAAAGCUUUAAGUGGUUAUUAUGUAAAAACUAUGAUACAGAAGACUCAGUUACAGCAAUGAAGAAACAUACUACAUACUUUUAUGUUGAAAAUGGUGAACAAAUAGAAGUUGAUCGUGAGAAUAUAAUAGAUGGAUUUCGCUUUGGUGAUACAAUUAUACCAGUCUCCAAUUUAGAUACGGAUGCAUAUAGUUAUAAAUCUGGUCCAAGAUGUUUACAAGUAUUGGGGUUUACAAAAGCUAAAAAUAUACAAAGAUCAUUUUUAAUGGAUGGAGGAUCAUAUAUUUUUAAACCUCACAAAGAAGAUAUUAUUGCAUUUAGAGUUAUUUUCAAUGCUAUGGUGGAAAGAGAAGAAUUAAUGAUUAUUAGAAAAGUUUAUUCUAAUAAUUCUUUGCCAACUAUUGGAGCAAUCUUUCCUCAAAGAGAAGAUGCUGAAAAUUAUUUUGUGUGUGUUAAUCUACCAUAUGCUGAAGAUGAACACUUGUUUAAACUUCUAUCACUAAAAUCAUUUAAACCCAAUUAUGAAGAAAAUAAUGCUGUCCGUAAUCUUAUAGAUGCAAUGGAUUUAGAUAAAGAUGGAAAUGAGUUGUUCGUGCCAGAAAAUACACACGACCCUGAAUUACAAUACGUGUUUGAUUGUAUUACUCAAAAGGCUAUUAAUCCAAACAAAUUAUUAACUAAAACAAUACCAGAGCAUAUCCAAAGUUUACUUAACUCCCCUAAAAGAAUUAUGGUAAAGACUAAACAACCGAUCUAUGAAAUUAUAAAAGUAUUUUCACUUCAACAAGAAAUUUAUGAAAAACGUUCAGUUGAAGAUAAUAAUAUUUUACAAUUUGAUUGUGAUGAAGAAGAAGUAGACUGUUCGAAACAAUUUGUAAUUACAGCAUUCAGCCCAAUAGAAGAUUUUAAUAAACAUUUAGAAAACGGAUUAAAUCCUGUAAUAGUUUGUGAUAAUAUGAAACACAUAACUUUAGACCUAAUAGAAUCUAGUACAAGUAUGGAAGACUUAGAGAAACCAGCAUCAAAUUUGAAAGUUUUAAGAGAAUUUUAUAUAAAUAAUAAUGAUGUUAAAUCGUAUAAUACUUUGAUGUAUCUUGUAAAAGAUUCAGUUCUUUUAUCUGGUAAAGAAGGAAUGUGGUCACAGUUCAUUGACAGUGGAAUAGGACUUAUUACGAAUCAAGAGAUUGAAAUAAGUGAUAUUUCACAGGAGUUAUCUGAACAAUUUAUGAAACAUGAAGUAUUACAAGAUGUUACAGCAGAGUUCAUUAUUGAUGAUGAUGAUCCACUGAAAGAGUUUUUGUAAAUGGAAACAAGUAUAAUUAUAAUUGUAUUAUAUAUUAUUAUUAUUUUAUUAAAAAUGAUGAAAUAAUUCUAUUUAUUAAUGUACAAUUUAACAUAACAUACCAUACAAAUAUCAAAAUGUGUGUUGUAACUAGUAUUUAUUAUGUUUAACUCAAAAAAUGUAUGUUUAUAAUUUUAAAAUUGUUUAAUUAUAAUUUACGAAGAGAUAUAUAAUGUGUUGUACGUAAUUGUAAAAAUUUUUCUUCCAAAAAUGUGGAGGCAAACAAUUUUGUGAUUUUAAAAGUUAGGUUACAAACUAUGCCUUUUAGCAAUUAGUUUUUAAAACAAACGUUUGGGAGUUAUCACGUAGGAAAUGGUGUAACCUCAUUGCUCAAAAUCUUACAUAGAUGUGCGCAUAAGGGCAGCAGAGGUAGUAUAGAUAAAU